UUCAAUGAUAAUCAACGGAAAAAAAUAUCAUCACAAUUAAUGGGUAAUACAAUUAAUUCAUCAUCAUUACCAUAUCGGUCACAAACAAGACAAUCACAAGAAAUGAUGAUACGAAAUGCAAAUUUUGAAUGGCAAUAUAUUGAUAUCUAUCUGGACCUAAGUGAAUGUGGUCUUGGCAUCAGUAUUCGUGGUGGUAUUGAUUCACCUAAUCAUGCCGGUUUUCAGGAUGUUUAUAUUUCACGUAUAUUAGGUGCCGGUGCCGUAGCACGUGAUGGCCGUAUACAAUUAGGCGAUGUUAUUGCCAAAGUGAAUGGAGAAUCAUUGGAAAAUGUUACACAUAAAGAAGCGGUAAACAUCAUUUUAAAUGCUGGUCAAUAUAUACAUUUUCAUAUAAAACGAAGAAAAUUCAUUGAUUCAUCGGAUAUUUAUGAACAGAUUGAAGAAGCAAAUGAAGAUGAUGCAUUAUUGAUCGGUAGUGAUCGACAGACAAAUUUUGAAGAAAUAUUAUUCGAUAGGCAACGAAUUGGAAAAGGAUAUAAUGAUUGUAUUAAAGUGGAAAUGAUUCGAGAUAUAAAUGGAUUCGGUUUCAGUUUGAUUGGUGGCCUGGAUAAUCCAACUAGGGAAGGUGAUCCAGGUAUAUAUGUCAAUAAUAUUGUUCCUGAUGGUCCAGUUCAUCGUACUGGACAGAUAAAUAUUGGUGAUGAAAUUGUAGCCAUUAAUGAUACAAAUAUUGAAUGUGUACCAUAUAAAUGGGCACUUGAUGUCAUAAGAAAUAGUCCAACAUUGUCUGUAUUUACCAUAAGGAAAACAAUCAAUUGGGAUUGA